AGCCGUGAAUAUAACAGCGCCGUCUACAGAGGUUACACAAGUUAUUCACAUAUGUAAGGCCCAUUUGUCUUUAAAAUGCUCUUGAUCUUGUGGAGGUUGUAGAAUUUCAAUUAUUAGGGCCUUAGUGAAUUGUGGAUGUACCCCAGAACUUCUUUAAGUGCAGUCUUCAUCAGAAAUUGGAACGAUUGUGGUUUGGUCUGCUAACAUUUCUCUAAAAGAAGCUUGUUCAUUAAUUUCAAUGAGAUGUCUGAGGUAAAAUUAUUACAAAAUCAACCACACCAUUGUUUAUCUGAGAAAAGUACCAAUGGUUAUGUUGCAGGAACAAUCCAGAAUUGCAGUGUACAAGAAAAGUUUCUGGACAAGAUUAUUGCACCAGGACUAAGCAGGCUUUCCACUGCUCUAAGUGAAGGCUGUCUGGUCACCCAAGAUUCUAUGAAAAAAGCAGAACAUGUGAAAACUCAGCCUCAAGUGAUUGAUUCAUUUUCUGUACCUAGCUAUAGUCAAGACACAAAAUCACAUAGAAUGUUGUCACUACCAACUUUAAAUUGUUAUGCAUUAUCAGACUCUUUAUAUUCUGGAAGUGAUAAAAGUAAUAAAAGUUUUGUUCAAGCAAAAUCAUCAUGCACUGUUUUUUCCACUACAAACCAGAGUAGGGUUUCAGAAAAAUCUCCAGAAAUCUGUAUUUCAGAUGGAAACUUGCUGAAUAAAAAUGGUACAUUUGGGUUAUUUGUGCCUAUAAAACCGAAGCCAUCACUUCCAAUUAUAUCGUGUCCAACAAUAAGAAAACCUGAUAAGGAUCUCCUAGAGAACUUAACAAGUUGCCAUUUACAAAAUGCAUCUGCUAUUCACUUGCCAUUUGCAAAUGUAAAUGAAGUAGAUUUCAAACAGGAUGAGACUUCAUUAGGAAAAGUACAUGCACAAGACCUGUUACAAGAUACAUAUUCAAAAAAAGACAACUCUUGUCCAGCAUUGGAGCAAAAGGUUAUUAGUAAGCUGAAAUCUAAUUCAAGUGAUUCUAUUAGACAUGAAAUUCAGGAAAAUAAUGAGAGCAUAAAAGAAUCAAAAAAACAAAAUUAUACAUUUACAUUCAGUGAUGAUUUACAGUUUUUAAAGUCUGAAUUUAAAGACACUAAAAAUAUCCUAGAGGUCCUCACUGAGAGCUUAAUCUGUGAUGAUAAAGAGCUUUUAAACGAGUCUUUAAAUAAGAUUGAAAUGCAGUCUGACAAACAUCAGUAUGAUAAUUCUUUUAGGUAUGUGGUGAGAGAAAGGGCACUUGAAAAUGAUGAAAUUCUAAUUGUAAAUAAAGAAAUGGAAUGCAACAAAGAAUCUUCAUGUGAAAUGGCAGUUUCAGAAAGAAAAAAAGAUGUAUUAUUUCAGGAUGAGUCACAAAAGGAUUGUUUAGUAAAUAAUGAAGAGGGAAUUAAUAAAGUAUUCCAUUUGAAUCAGAAUGAUGAAAAUGAAAACUUAGCAGUUGCUGAGAAACACCAAAAUACUGAUGAUUUGUCUCCACUUAAUGUACCUUCAGAAAAUGAUGAUUACACAUCCAUUCCAUUUUCAGAAAAUUAUAAUUCUCUUCCUGCAGAAUGUCAUAGACUGAAUAUCUCAAUGGAAAUACCUCAGGUAAAUGAAUACAUACCAAAUCAUAAAAAUGUAGACUUUGAUAGCUUAAUAAACUACUCGAAAGUGUUUGGUGAUAAAGUUUUUUGUAAGAUAUCUUUGGAUGAAAUAGCUGAAAAAGCAAUAGAUUUUUGGAGUGUUAAAGAUUUUAACAAAAGAUGUUCUCAACAGACAUCAAAAUAUAAAUUAACAGAAACUUGUGCUGAAUCUGAAAAUUUAAUAGACUUUUCUUCAUUUGAUAUGUUUUUUUCAUGUAACUUGCCUAAAACUAAUAUAGAGUCUAUUGCAGAAAAUAAAGAUAAGUCUAAACAACAAAGGGAAAAUAACACCUUAAAACAACAAGACAUGAAAGCUAAUCUUAAUACAGUGGAAAUUACAUGUGAAAACAAAUUUCCAAAAAAUUUAUAUUCUUUACCAACUUCUUCACAAGAUUUAGAGAGAAAGAGUUUCAUUGAAAUGAAAAAAAGAAGUGUAGAUGAAACAGCAACCGAACACACUGAAAUGAAUGAUGCAUCAAUAGAAAAAUUUAGCUUGAACAAUAAUAAUUUUGAAACCUCUCAAGUUAUAAUGACUGAUCUCACAAAUCCUGGAUCAACUAGAGAUGUCUUAACAAAAACUGAAUCUGCCAGUCAAAUUGAAAAUAUGGCUAAGAAGCUGUGCUCAUCAAUAACAGAUGAUAUGUUCAGAACUUCUUCAAAUCAAGUAUUUACAGAAAUUAUGGACCUUUCAUAUGAACCAUCUUUUGUAGACAUUUCAGAAAUUAUGCAAGUAGAUUUCAAAAAGGGCGAUAAUACUUGUAGUGAUGUAUAUUCAAACAGUGAUAAAGAGAAAGAAAGUAUAGAUCAACCCUCUAUCUUUUGUGGCACAAAUAUAUUACCUCUUCAAAAUUUUGAAUUACAGCCUGAUGAAAGAGGUUUGAAAUCAGUUGGUUUACUAAGUGAUAAUGAGCUUUAUCAUCAUGUGGAUUUUUUAAGUAAUAAUAAAACUCAAUUGAAAUGUGAUAGUAUUUGUAAAAAUAAGGUUAAAAAUUUUGAUAUGAAUUUAGUACAAAACCAGUUGGAUGAAGAAUUAUUAGAAUCAACAAAGAUUUCACAUGAAAAUCAACAUUUGAAUAGAAAUCUUGAGAAUGAAAUGGAGAAAAUGACAUUUUUGAAAGGUCUUGGUUUGAAAUCACUCUCCUGUUGUGACACUAGGGUAAAUCCUUAUGAACGCUAUGCAAGUUGUUUGGAUGUCUUAAAAGACAAAGUGAUUAGUGCCUACUUAAAGAAUCCUCUCAUACCUUCAGACAGAGUAACAUCCUUCUACUGCUAUCUUUGCAAGACAGGACAUCUUCAAGCUGGAAAAAUGACAUUUGUAUCUGAAGUGUAUCGCAACUUAAGAAGUACAUCCAAACAAGUUUUACCAAAUACAAUAUCUUCAAAAAAAGAUUUAUUACCUAAAGAAAUGAAAGCUCCAGUUCCUCCUUGCAGUGCUAUAUCUACAAGUCAACUUGAAGAAACAAGUCUUUUUUCUUAUGUACCUGGCCAAAAUAAUGAGAAUCAGGACAUUGUAGCUGAGUCUUUGAACAGCAACAGCUGUAACGGUCCAUUAAAUACAAAUACAGUAACAUCUGAAUUUGAUAUAUCUGUGUGUAACACAUCUCAAUCUGCUUCACAUAGCAACAUUCUCCUAACCUCAAACCUUUCCACUGUAUUCCACCCAGUAUAUACUAAAAGUAAUUUAUGUACUACUGUUCAGGGGACUUCAUCAACUUUGAGGCAGAGUUGUUGUGAAAACUCCAAACCACCACAAUCUUUAUUGCCAGCUUUGAAACCUAAAACUACAGAGUCUUCAGAAACAUUACCUCUAACAAGUCAUCAGGUAUCCCACAAAAGAGUUUCCUUUUCUCCAACACAGUCUGCUACAUAUACUCAAUCUGUAUCGAGACCUGUUACUCUAGUGACUUCGGAUGCUUUACCAAUUGGAAUGAAUUUAUCUGAAAUAUCUCCUAGUAGUGCAUAUUUUUCCACCCAACACUCUUCUGUUAUUACCACUGUAGCAUCAAGAUCUUUGGAAUGUGUUAGUAACCUUGAACAAAGGAGCCAAGAAAAUUAUUCUGUUAUUCUUGUGCCUUUUAGUAAGCCAGCAAACCUUAUGAGUGGUGGAAAAAUACAGAUAGCUGUACAAUCUCAUAGAUCACCAAACACACAAAAUAAAGGAACUUUAAACCAAGAGAAUUCCAUGAAUCAUGCGAGUCCUGUGAGGAAAGGGAAACUUGAAAAAAGAGAAAUUUCAGAGAAUGUUUCUACCUCAAUUAUUUUACCUCACUCCAGCAAUAAAACAGAAAAAGAGCUAGAAGAAAGUAACAAUCACAUCUCAAAUAACAGAGUUUUACCACAGUCAGCAAAGAGGAGAAAGAAAGCAUUGGAGUGUGAAGAAUGCGGUAAAUUAUACAGUGAGACUAGUAGCUAUGCAUUUCAGAAACAUGUACGUCGACAUAAGCUAGGGAAACAGAGUAAAAGCAGUAGCUUCAGCAAUGCUACAAGAUUUGCUUCCUACCCAAACAAAAAUGAAGAACGAAUGAAACUUCGAGUUCGUACUUUUAAAUGUCAAACUUGUGGGAAAGCCUACACUGACAAUAACAUUCUCAAGUGGCACAUUCAGACUGUCCAUAAUGCAGAAGUGGAAACAGAAGAGGAAACCAAUAGAUUAAAACUACAUAGUUAAUGAUUUAAAAUAUAUAAUAAGAUUUUUUUUUAUUCAGGUAAGCUCUGUUAAUUGAUCUGUAAGUUUGUAAAAUUCUUAAUUUCAUCAUAUUGAGCUAUGAAAUUUAAGUCCAGAUAAUUACUGAUAUAAGGACAAUUUGGUGUUUAAAUAUUUUAUAUCAUUGUAAGUGGGUAGAAUUUUAUACACUAAUCCUUUUUUGGCUAGCAAAUUUUACAUCUAAUUUCAGUGAGGUUUGUACAUUAUAAAAUCAACAAAAUUUUCUUUCACAGAAUGUAUGUUUUAAAAGAGUAAUUCAUAUUAAAUUUCAUAAAUUUUACACAUACCAGUCAUUUACAGUAGGCUUCUUUUGUAAACCUAACUAAACAUGAGCAUGGUUGUAGUGAAUAAAUUUGCUAUUAUUAUGAUUUUCUGGAAUGUAUACUUGAAAAUAGUAUAAUAUAUUUUCAUUUCAGGUAUUUCGUACUGCAUGUACCAGCAUUGUCUCUUUGUUGUGUGUGUUUGCUAAAUGGUAAAUCACAUUUGCCUUUCAUGAAUAUCAGUGUAUCUUUGAGAUUUCAGCGAAGUGUGACAUGCAUGUGUUGGUGAUAUUACUACAUGUGAUAUGACAGCUUCCAUAAAAAGAUAUGCCAGGCAUUUUUAAGAACAUGAGUUUUGAUAUGACAGCUUCCAUCAGAAUAUUUGCCAGGUAUUUUCAAGAACAUGAGUUCUGAGCUCAGAUGAAGCUACCAAUGGUUUUUAAUAUGCUUUGAGACUUUCUUUUUUCCUUCCAUAUAGCUUAUUUUGGUACAAAGUUUGUAUUGCGAUAUUAAUGAUAACAUGAAAACAAUGAUUAACUAAAUCAGUUAACUUGGUGUCAAAUUUGUAUUGUAAAAUAUCAUGAACAAGCCCAUUUUAAUGCUGUUAUCAAUCAUUAUACUCUGUAGCUGCAGGUAAGAAAAAAAAAGCCAUAAUAAAUGGCCUUAAGAUUUUGAAGAGCUUGUUACAUUAGGUUUCUAGGACCAUUUUUGUGGGUAUUGUUUUGUCAGCUGUUUAUCAUUUACUACUUUAUUACCAAUUCUGCACUAUAAAUAUUACUGAACAAAGAUGAGUACAGAGUUACUUGUGCUAUUUUUAGGAACUCAGGAAUAAAACAGAAAUAUUUAAUCUUGUAAGAAAAGUUAAUAAUUAUUUUGGUGAUUGAGAGUAUGCUCUACAGCAGAAUAAAAUAAAUAAUAAUGAAACUUAUAUGUGAAUAAAAUUUUUAUCCAUCACUAUUUAUUUAG